AUGUUUGUUAAAAAAAUGUACUUUGAUGUCUUUGCAUUCCUCAUUGCCUUACACUCUACUGCUGGUCAACAAGAAGAAACUAGUACCCAGCAUCUGGCCACCAGACAGUUCAAUUUCCAGCGUGGCCUGUUCAGUUACAGCACCUUUGGUUUACCCGUUUAUAACAAUAACCCUUUAUACCAAUUUAAUAACAACUACUUUAUCUACAAUAACGGAGUACAAAUUUCCGUUCCAUCAAAUGUCUUUCCUACUGGAUUUCGCUUCAAUAUCGCACCACAAUACCCAAACGGUUUAGUUGGACUUGCACCACUCGGUAGAUAUUAUCAACAGUUCCCAAUGUUUAGACAUGGGAAUGUAUUUGGUUAUAAUCGUGGUGGACAGUUUAUUCCACUUCCUACCACUUACAAUUUUUUGCAAAAGCGGUCUACAUCUGAUGACUUGAGCUCUCCAGAAAAGGAGUUUGUUGCAUGA